CGUGAAGUCGGUGCAGCAGCAGGACGCCGGGCAGUACUGGUGUGAGGUGGAGUUUCACGGCCUGACCUUCUCCUCAGAGCGAGCCUGGCUCACGGUGGAAGGUGUCCCUCACUUCCUGCUAGAGCCGCAGGACGUCGCCACGUUCCCCAACGUUCCCUUCAACCUCACCUGCGCCGCCGUCGGCCCCCCCGAGCCCGUGGAGGUGCUGUGGUGGCUGGGAGGCAUCCAGGAGGGCGAGCCCCGCCCGUCCCCGUCCGUCCUCCACGUCCCAGGUCAGAACAUGUCCCGCUCGCAGAAAUAACGCAAAAAAAUCCUGUUUCAUUAGUUUUGACAGAUUUGUCAGAGUGAUUACAAUCAAUAGAGUGUUUGGAUUUAAGCUGCUGCAAAAUCACCACGUCUCAGCAGCAAAAUCUGGGGACCAAAACGUCCUCUGAAGUACGCGGCACGUAAACUAAAUAAAAAUACUAAAUAAACUUAACAAAGUAAAUGUGAU